AUGGGCGCCAUAGCGGAUACGUUGACAGAAGCGGGGCAUAAUGUGACCAUCCUGAUGCCAGUCAUGGACUACGAACAGCAGGAUAAAACUGGUGUGAGACUCACCAAAGAUAUCAUCAAGGUCCCUCCUGCUCCAGAAAUGAUCGCAUGGUUACAGUGGGAAAAAGAAUUGCUAAGGGAAGUGUGGACGAUAGAGAUUAGCUUCUUCCAGUUGAUACAGAUCGCAAAGAACAUGACAAAGUCAUUCACAUAUCAAUGCAAAAAUAAUUCCGCAGCUUGCGACGGAUUAUUCCGUCGGAGAUGGAUUUUGGGACACAGCUCAGUAGAUGGGCUAAAAUUGGAAGAAGAAAAAUUCGAUGUGGGCAUUGCAGAAGCAUUCACCGUCUGUGGGUUUGGGAUCUUUGAGUUGGCAAAAAUUCCGACCACAAUAGCUGCAACUUCUACCGUGCACUUGGAUAUUGUGGCAGAGGCGAUCGGUGAGCCGAUCACUCCCAGCUACGUACCUGGUGCACGGUCGUCAGCAGGAGAUCAAAUGAACUUCAUGGAGAGGAUUAAGAAUAUUAUGGGCACUAUGUUUGGGAAAGUGUUCUUUAGGGAUCUCUUCCAAGGUGAAACUGCGGCUUUUAGGGAGAAGUUUGGUUUGUAUUUCAAAAGCUUUGAGGAACUUUUCCCGGAAGUAUCCUAUGUGUUCACAAAUUCCAAUCCUUAUCUGGACUAUCCUCGCCCAAUGAUUCACAAAACAGUGCCAAUAGGAGGAAUUGCAGUGUCAUUGGAUACCGAGAGAAAUAAGCUCUCAGAGAGCUGGAAUGCGAUUCUAAACGAGCGCAAUACCACUGUGCUGGUGUCAUUCGGCUCGGUUGCUAAGACGGUCUUCAUGCCUGAUUUGUACAAGAACUCUUUGCUGACUCUUUUUGAAAGCAUGCCAGAAACGACUUUCAUCGUGAAAUAUGAAGAGGAGCGGUCAAAAAUGGCAGCCCAUCUCCCGAAUGUUCAUCUCAGCCCGUGGUUACCACAAAACGCUUUGCUCGCUGAUCCCCGCCUCACUGUUUUCAUUACUCACGGAGGAUUAGGCAGUAUUACCGAGCUAGCACAUCUAGGAAAACCAGCAAUCAUUAUUCCACUUUUCGCGGAGCAACCAAGAAAUGCUGACAUGCUUGCUAAACAUGGAGGAGGCAUCGUGUUAACAAAAUUUGAUUUAGGGAAGCCUGAAAAAUUGAAAGAAACCCUGUUGAAAAUCUUCAACAACGCCAGUUUUUCGCAAAACGCUAAACGUUUAUCGAAAAUGCUACUUAAUCAACCAAUCAGCGCAAAAGAGCUUGUCGUGCGACACAGUGAAUUUGCUGCAAGAUUUGGUGGCCUACCCAAUCUGGAUCCGUAUGGACGGCAACUAUCUCUUGUGCAAGCAUGGACCUUUGGUCCGUCAGUUUCUGGUCCUCACCUCACUGCCGUUACUCAUAAAGGGCUUGAUUGCACCACGGAGCUAGCACAUCAACGAAAACCGGAAAUUUGUAUCCCCAUCUUUGCGGAUCUACCAAGAAGCGAGUGA